AUGGAGCCACCACUCACCCGCACGCCGAGUUCUGAGAGCACGCGAUCAUGGCAACACCUCACGAGUGCGAGCGGUACAUCGGGCGUGGGAAAGAAGGCCAAGUCGAGUGAAGCUGAGACGGGCAUCGCCACGGCCGAGCGUGCGAGUGUGUCGCUCCCUCCGCUGGGGGCAAGGGCAAUUCGACAGAGCCUGCCCACCCGCCGCGCCUCCAAAGCAUCUGAUAGUCUGAUUGAAUACUUUGGAUCUGUCUGGUCUGGCUCUGGCUCUGGCUCUGGCUCUGGCUCAGGCUCAGCCAUCGACGAGGCCGAUGUCACGCCAACGCUAGAGAGUACCCGGGGCAGUCUUGCAAGCGCCCCAGUAAAUCCCAUGCUGUUGCCGGAAUCAUACCGACAUGCGCGACCUGACGUCGGUACUGCAGCUGUAGAAUCAAACCGAUUGUCUGUCUCGUCAUUCGUGUCGGCCAUAUCUAGCAGAGCCUACAGUUGGAGUGGGAAAAGCUCCGUCGCAGGCUCAGAAAGCGAGGUCAAGAUGGAGAACCCGCACGGCACCACGACGGCAACAACGUCGCUCUCCGUCACCACGUCGAGUCAGAAUGGCAGUCUCGGCACCAAGGCAUCGCCGACUCAGAUGCUCUUCCCCCAGGAUCAAGCAAACGCAAACCACAACCAGCCAGGCACGAGCCCCAAUACCGCCCCCGUCCACCCCGCCUCUCCCCAGCUUGGUCACCCGCCGCUCCACGUAGUACCCCAGCACCGUCGCUCGCGAAGUCGAACAGCCCAGAGGCGCAUCAGCGGAAGCACAGCCACCAGCAGCAGCCCGGCGAGCAGAGAUAUGCGCGAGAAGAAGCAGACCAAGGGCAUAAUUGGCGUAUGCGCCUUGGAAUCAAAGGCACGUAGCAAGCCUGCACGCAACAUCUUUGGCAAAUUGGUGGACGAAUUUGACGUCAAGAUCUUUGGCGACAAGAUUAUCCUGGACGAGGCCGUCGAGAAUUGGCCCGUCUGCGACUUCCUCAUAUCCUUUUUCUCAGAUGGCUUCCCUCUAGAAAAAGCCAUUGCCUACACCAAACUGCGAAAACCCUUCUGCGUAAACGACCUGCCCAUGCAACAAGUGCUGUGGGAUCGUCGCCUGUGUUUGGGUAUACUGGACAAGCUCAAUGUGCCUACCCCGAAGCGCAUUGAUGUGAGCCGAGACGGCGGUCCGAAGUUACCGUCGGCUGAAUUCGCCAAAGCUCUGUACGAGCGAACGGGACUGAAGCUGGAAGGACCUGAAGAUGGAACAGGCGGUGGCUCUCUUGCACCAAAGAAAAUCGAACUCAUUGACGACGGCAACACUAUCUGCGUCGACGGUGUCACCCUUACGAAGCCCUUUGUAGAAAAGCCGGUCAGCGGUGAAGAUCACAACAUCCACAUCUACUUCCACAAGAAAGACGGGGGCGGCGGACGGCGAUUGUUCCGGAAGAUCAACAACAAAAGCUCAGAAAAGGACGAUACCCUUGAAGUACCACGAGCCAUUCUCGAACCAACAGGCAGCUACAUCUACGAACAGUUUCUGCAGGUCGAAAACUCAGAGGACGUGAAAGCAUACACUGUCGGCCCAACUUUCUGCCACGCCGAAACGAGGAAGUCGCCUGUCGUCGAUGGUCUCGUCAAGCGGAACCCUAGCGGCAAGGAAGUGCGUUAUGUGACCAAGUUGAGCGAAUCAGAAGCAGCUAUCGCAGCCAAGAUCUCAGAGGGAUUUGGACAACGAGUGUGUGGUUUUGACCUACUCCGUACUGGGGAACAGAGCUACGUUAUCGACGUCAACGGAUGGAGCUUUGUAAAAGACAAUGGCGAUUACUACGACAAGGCAGCCAACAUCUUGAAAGACAUGUUCCUCAAGGAGAUUGCCCGAAAGCAACGCAAAGAUGCCGCACAGCACGCCGCCGUCGAUGCGCAAGCCACUACUGACACUGCUUCUGGCAUUCCGGUCAAGAACAAUUCGGUUCACCGCAAAUCCCUCGGAAAGCUCUUCAAGAGUCCUACGCUGCAAAGUGUCAGUGAUGCGGUCAAAGUGGCCAUGGACGAGAACCUUGAAGAUCCAAAGAAGUUGCGCGAGCUGCAAUUGUACCUGAACAAAAAGGGCGCUUGGCCUGGCACCAAGGUCCAGAUCAAGCCCAUGUUCCGCAAGAGGAGAAAGGAAGAGUUGCAACCGGGAGAGACGCUGCCAGAAGAGGUCCCCGAAGAGAUGCCUGAAGCCCAAAUGUCCGAGUCGACAGCUACAGAUGUCACAGACGCAACCACUGCAUCAGUCACUGAAGGCGAGCAACCUGAACUUCUCAAGAACAGGAGUGAUUCCAUGUCUGGGGUCACACUGUCUCGUAUCACUGCGCAAGACAACAACAUGGUUCUGGAUAAAUUACAGCUCAUUAUCAAGUGGGGAGGUGAGCCGACGCACUCCGCCCGACAUCAGACGCAAGAUAUGGGUGCAAACUUCCGCAACGAUCUCUUGUUGAUGAACAGGGAUGUACUUGACGACGUGCACAUCUUCAGCAGCUCAGAGCGACGAGUUACAACGAGUGCACAGAUCUUCGGUGCUUCGUUUCUUGACAAAGACCAAUACCCGUCUGAACACAUUCAAGUCCGCAAAGACCUUCUAGACGACUCUAAUGCGGCCAAGGAUGUCAUGGAUAAAGUCAAGAAGAAGCUCAAGACCUUGCUACGCGCCGGUGAUAAAGCUCCGCCACAGUUUGCAUGGCCAAAGGAUGUACAAGAGCCAUAUCUUGUCGUUAGACAGGUAGUGGACCUGAUGAAAUUCCAUCAGCGCGUCAUGAACCACAAUUUCAAGAAGAUCGAAUCGGAAGCCAUCUCAUCACUAGCUGCACUCGCUUCUCCACCAUCGGGAGGACAGACGCCAGGGCAAUCCCAGUACACCAAUGUCAACCACAUUCAGUCGCGCUGGUGUUGUAACGAAGGCCCCGAGCUGUUCAAGGAACGCUGGGAAAAGCUGUUCAAAGAGUUUGGUGAUGCCGACAAGGUUGAUCCUAGCAAAAUAUCGGAGCUAUACGAUACGAUGAAAUUCGAUGCUCUACAUAACCGUGCCUUCUUAGAAUGGGUCUUCACCCCAGAUGCUACAUUCGUAGACGAAGAAUCUGUUGCAGAAGGCAGUUCAAAGCAGACCACACCUGAUAAUCGUUCUGCGAAAUCGAUACAACUUGGCCCGACCCCGUCAGAUGCACAACAGAAAGCGGAUGCGAAGGAUCAAACAGAGAAGAACGAACGCGGUAGCCUCUCUCAUCGCAUGGGCUUCAGGCGCAGGUCCGAGGUCGCUAUAAAGGCCCCACCACCACCAUCUUAUGCUCACGAGUCGUAUUUCAAGCUCUACUCUGGGCUCGGGACAGCAGCUUCCAAGGCACAGACUGAUGCGCGACUUGUCAAACUUCGUGAGAUGUACCAUCUCUGCAAGGUGCUCUUUGACUACAUUGGUCCACAAGAGUACGGUAUCGAGAGCGAAGAGAAGCUAGAGAUUGGCUUACUUACAUCGCUUCCGCUACUUAAAGAAAUUGUUGGAGACCUUGAAGAGCUACAGGCAUCAGAUAUGCCCAAGUGUUUCUUCUACUUCACGAAAGAAUCGCACAUUUACACUUUACUCAACUGCAUAAUAGAGGGUGGAAUUCAGACAAAAAUUGAACGCAACGCAAUUCCAGAGCUCGAUUACCUGUCGCAGAUUAACUUUGAGCUUUACGAGUCAGAGAAUGCUAGUAUCGACGACAAGCCUCAUACUUUCAACUACAGCAUUCGGAUAACUCUGUCACCAGGCUGUCACGCAUUUGCUCCACUUGAUGUGCAACUCGACUCGCGACACAUGAUUGGUUUCGCUCCCCGUCGCAGUCUCACCCACCACCAAGACUGGAAAGAAGUCCUGGAGACCCUACGCGCAAAGUUUCACACCUAG